AUGAUUUCUAAAAGUGAAAUUGAUAAAUUCUUGUUAACUAUUGAAGAUGGAACAGAAGAAACGGCUUUGUAUUAUUUAGAGAUGUGUAAUGGAGAUAGUGAUAGCGCAGUAAAAUUAUAUUGUGAAAUAAAUGGCGACAGAUCUUUGCGAAAUGAAAAUAACCAAAUAAUAAAUGAAAUAAAUUAUGAAAACCAAACAACUAUUGAAGAGACAUUAGAUGAUGUAAUAAGAAAUGAAUCCAAAGAAAAAGAAAAAAUAAAAAAAUCAAAUAAUGAUGAUUCUAAUGAUAUAGAAUAUGUUAGAGAACCAGAUAAACAUUUUAGUCAAGCUUUAAUUAAUGAUAUGGAUAAUUUAAAUUUUGUACAUUUUAAUGAUAAAAAUAAAAAUAUAAAAAAAACAAAAAUAGAAUUAGGGGAUACAAUUGGAAAACUUUUUUCUUUACCUGAAUUUUUAAUUUGCCCUUUAUCAUUAGAAGAUGUAAGAAAAAGAUCAAAAAUUGAAAAUAAAUAUAUUAUAGUAAAUAUACAAAAUUCAGAAUUUGAGUCGUUAAAAUUAAAUAGAGAUAUAUGGAAUAAUGAAACAAUUCAAGAAAUAAUAAAAGAUUCAUUUAUUUUUUGGCAAAGAGAUGAACAUGAUCAAGAUGCGAUAAUAUUUAUGAACACAUACAAGAUAACAAGCCUUCCAUGUAUAUGUGUUUUAUGCAAACGAACUGGAAGAAAAUUAAAAGUAUGGAACACAAAAACAUUUAACGAUCCUAUAUGUGCUCAAUCUCAAUUAUAUGAAUUAAUUGAAACAGUUGAAAUAAAACCUAAUAAUAAUUAUAGUACUAUAAAUGUUAAUAAUAAAAAUGUAGAAUUAAAAAAUGAGUUGGUUAAAACAGAUUAUGAGCAAGUUAAUCAUUAUCUUUCAAAUAACAUAAAUAAAGCUUAUACAAAUGAAAAAGAUGUUACUAAUUGUGUAAAUUCUCAGCCAAAUAAUUCACAAAAAAAUACAGACAAUGUUAAAAUAGAUAUGACUGAUCAAUUAAAAGAAUAUGGCACAAUAAAUAAUGAACUAUUAGAAUUGCACAAAUUUAGGAUGCAACGAGCUCAAAGAAAAUAG